UACUUCCACCAAUCGCGAUGGAACUACGUAACAUCGAAAUGGCGGCGCGUGGAGGCGGCGAAGAUUGCAAAAAGGAAGAUAAACUGGAGUUUGUGUUGCACGUACCCCUGCCGUCGGAACGCGAGGCCAGCAUCGCCCUGGGGUCCUUGGCCCCCGACCGCGAGCCACGCAAGGGUGGCAUCACCAAGGAGCUGUCGGCGUUGGGCAACGUCCUGAGCGUGAGGUGGACGGCAGACGAGGCACGCAUCCUGCGGGUAUCUGUGGGCUCCUUCUUGGACAACCUGGCGCUGGUGCUGGAGACCAUGGAGCAGUUUGGGCCGUCAGUGCCACUCUGAUGGGGUGUGAACAAGGCCUUCUCUUUUCGUUUACAUCAAGCACAGUAUCUUUUUUUUUUUUUUUUUUUUUUUUAAUUGUACAUUUUUUAAAAGGGUUUAGUCAUAUUAAACUGUUGAUGUGGUUUGCUAAUUGGUUAUGGUGAAAAUAUACAUGUGAUUGUCACUGUGCCAAAUUUGCAUCAUUCUUGUAUCAUCUGGAAAUGUACAUAGAAAAUCUGUUGUGGGAGUUGUGAUGUUUCAAAAAACUUGGCUACAUAGUUCUCUGCAUGAUUUUCUGGAUCAUUUUCCAUACUUGCUGAUGUGUGCUAAAUUACGCUUGAGGUUUAAAAAGGCCCUACCUGUUACAGAUAAUUGAGUUAAGGAAGAUAAACAUUUUACUUAAAUCUGUUUUUAAAAGGGAGUGCAGUGGCACAGUGGGCUUUGCCAGGGCCCACUCUCUGGCAGGUCUGGGGUUCAAGUCCUGCUAGUGGUGCCUUGUGACAGACUGCCAUCCCCUCCCCCUCCAGCCUUGUGCCCUGUGUUUCUGGGUUAGGCUCUGGUUCACAGCAACCAUGAUUGAGACAAGUGGUUUCAGACUGUGUAUUUUUUUUUUUUGAAAAUUGCAGUCUACAGUGGACUGAAUGCAACCUGCCAACAGCUGACAGUAAAGAGUAUACUUAAAA